CGGAGGCCGGGCAACUAAGAGAUUAGCGUUUUCGAGGCUCCGAGGCGGGAGGCCUCCCUGAGUUGGGCUCGAGCGGGGCCUGGGCCAGCGGCUAUGCCUGGGAAGUGUCCCAGCGACCGCGCCUCCGAGAGGAAUGGUUGUGAACAUAGCCAUUACAGAGAAGGAGAAACAGAAGCAUUCGGAGUGGCCCCUGGCCAGUGACCCCACAUAAACCGCGUUCUGAUGACAGGACAGGCCGACAUCAGAGAACCAGAGAUGCCCACCUCCACUCCUUUCUUCCAAGCUGUGCCAAAGGCACCAAAAACCAAGAAGGGAUUAAAAGACUCCAUUGACGAUGUCCUUGGUGACCUCCUGGGGGACGAGGCCACACUGCCCGAGAAGCCCAUCAAGCUAGUUUCCUGGGCCGGGGACACCACCGGAGUAGACCAGGCGCCCCCCUCUUCAAGGACAAGAGCAAAGUCCCUCCUGGAAGACGAUGCCUUCAGCACCAGGACAGGCCUGGCAAGAGCUGAUGCCGAGGUCUCGGAUAUUUCAGACGUAGACCCGCAGUCCCUGCUCCAGGCCAUGCAGGACCUGGAUGACAUGGAUGCUGGUCUCUUUGGUCUGAAGACGUCGAAUCUAGGCUCAAGCACGAGGUCUGCAAAGGUCUCUGGGCAAGAAGAGCAGCCUAGUAAACUGAGACCCGCCGGGGUGUUCACUGCCCACGAGGAAGGAGAUGCCAUUCCCGCCAAGAAGCUACCUCCCUCUCCCACCAGCUCUGGGCAUCAGUACCGGAAGUUCUCCUUCGAAGACAUGGAGGACCCCUUGGCCGGACUCCUCUCCGAUGAUGAGGGAGGAGUUGCCAAGAAGCCGUCUGGGACAGAGAGUAAAACAGCUUCCGAAAAGAACCCAGUCCCGGUCAGAGACCAAGGGCCCGCUAUUCCUCUAACUCCUGGGGACACCCCAGUCCGGAAGAAAGGAGACUCGCUGUUUGACAAUGGGGACGACAUCGUGGCCGCCCUGGGCUUUGGAGACAGCCCCAAGGCGGAGAGGAGGCGGACGGGAGACCAGGAAGGGCCCCUCCCUGCUCGCUCCAAGCUGGAUGAGCUGCUGGGUCGGGGCACGGCCGCCAGACUCCUGGCCCGCCCGGGCACUGGGGAGCACAGGGAGUUCCAGCUGAACCCGAAGUACCAGAGGCCGCAGGCCAGAGAAGACGCCUGGGGAGACGAGGACUUCACCUUUGGAGCCUACCAGCCCACCUUGUGCUCGCCCGAGGGCCGGCAGCCCCGCCGGCAUUCCGUCCGGUUCCUAGAAGGCACCACAGACCCCAAGGGAGAGCCAGACUCCAGACAGAGCACCCCAGCGGCAUCCAGCCCCACUCAGCCCAGGAGGGGAGGCGCUGACUGGCUGGGCCUCAAGGACGACAGCUCAGACUUGCUCCCUCCCUCCCCCACCCGGGAGGCUCAGAGGGGACCCCCUCUCGCGAGCCAGCAUUCUGCCCCUGGCCGCCACUCUGCCCCAGGCGGGCAGCCCUCCUCAGGGGCAAAGCCACCAACCGAGGGUACCAGUUCCCCUGCCAAAGACAGCCAGGCUUCCCAGCCGGGAGCGUCAGAGGAGCAGGGGGAGGAGGACUGGCUGAGCCACUUCCUGUCUCGGAAGAAGUCCCAGGGUCUGGCACGGGAGGAGCACACCGCGGGCCGCCCCCCCGCCAGCAGCCAGCCUGCUGCCAGCAUGCAAGGGCUCGAGCCAGCAGCUGCCGGAGGCACCCCAGGGGCAGCAGUGCAGAGGCCAUCUGCCCAGCCUGCCACCUCAGGGUCCCCUGUGACCGGGAACCGGGCCUCCUUGGCCCCGAGUGAAGGUGACCCAAAGAGAGGAAGGGCCCCUGGAGACUGCACCCGCACUGAGCGUGCAGUUUGUUUUCCAAGCUCCCGGGAACCCCCAGGGCUUCCUCUGCCUGGCCAGCCCCCGCUCCCAGAGUCCCUGGCCUGGAGCCUGCUGCCAGGCACAGAAUACCAGAGGCAGCUCCUGGCAGCACAGGCUCAGCUUCAGGGCGGCACCACUGAGCUCCAGGCAGACCUCCUGCAGAGUCAGGCCCGCGUGGCAGAGCUGGAGGCCCAGGUGCGGAAGCUGGUGCUUGAGCGGAGCCAGCACGAGGUGCUGCUGGCAAGUUUGCAGCAACAGCACCAGGCAGACCUGGAACUCAUCGAGAAUGCGCACAGGAGCCGAGUCAAGGUUCUAGAAACAUCGUACCAGCAGCGGGAAGAGCGGCUGCGGAGAGAGAACGAGGAGUUGUCGGCUCAGUACAUGUCUCGCUGCCAGGAAGCCGAAGAGGCCCGCGCCAAGCUAACAGCCCAGCACCAGCAGCUCUUGGCAGCUGCCGUGCAGGAAAAGGACCAGGAGAUGGAGCGGCUCCGGGAGCUGCAGCGGGCCUCCGUCCUGGAGAUGCGCAAGGACCACGAGGAGCAGCUGCAGCGGCUGAAGCUGCUGAAAGACCGCGAGAUCGACGCUGUCACCAGCGCCACCUCCCACACGCGGUCCCUGAAUGGCAUCAUGGAUCAGGUGGAGCGGUACUCCAGCAGCCUGCAGGAGCUGUCCUCCCGCAUGGAGGCCUCAUACCUCAGCACCACCCAGCAGCGGGAGCUGGGCAUCCGGCAGCAGGACCAGCAGUUCCGAGCGCUGCAGGAGAGGCUGGGCCGGCAGCAGCGGGACAUGGAGGAGGAGCGGAGCCGGCUCCAGGAGGUCAUGGGGAAGAUGGAGGCGCGCCUGAGCGAGCAGAGCCGGCUGCUGGAGCAGGAACGCUGGCGGGUGACCGCUGAGCAGUCCAAGGCGGAGGCCGCGCAGCGCGCCCUGGAGGAGCAGAGGAAGGUCAUGGCCCAGCAGAUGGCCAUGGAGCGGGAGGAGCUGGAGAGGGCCAAGAGCGCCCUGCUGGAGGAGCAGAAGUCUGUCAUGCACAAGUGUGGGGAGGAGCGGCGGCGCCUGGCGGCCGAGUGGGCCGAGUUCUUUGCGCAGCAGAAGCUGAGUAAGGAGCGGGCUGAUCGAGAGGCAGAGCGGGCGCUGCAGGUGGACUCCCAGCGGGAGGGCACCCUCGUCAGCCUGGUCAAGGAGCAGGCAGAGCUGAAGGUCAGGGCAGGUGAGCUCCGGGCCAAGGAGGACCAGCUGGCAGCCGAGAGGGCGGCUCUAGAGCGGGAGCGGCAGGAGCUGCGGCUGGAGAAGGAGCGGGUCAGCACGGAGGCCCAGCGCAUCAGGCUGCGCGCCACGGAGGUAGAGAGCAUGAGCCAGGUGGCCUCGGAAAAGUACCAGGAGGGGGAGCGGGCGUUGCAAAAGGCCCAGCAGGUGCAGUCAGAGCAGCAGGUGUGGCUGCAGCUGGUGCAGCAACAGCAGGAACAGCUGCGGCAGCAGGAGCAGCACAUGCAGCAGGAGCAUCUGAGUCUGUCCCAGCAGCGGCUGCAGCUGGAUCGAGUCCGGCAGGACCUGCCCUCCGGCCCCAUGGGGCUGCUCUCCAGAGCCCAGGGCCCUGCUGCCUCUGGCCUUGGUGCCAUCGUGGCUCCUGCCCCCGCCACUCUUCUGUGCAGCCAGUGGCCAGCUGGCCAGGGCCCCUCGCACCUCCUGGCCAAGCUGGUGCUGCUAAAACACACAGCCGAGCAGGACCGCGACUUCCUGGAGGACGAAGAGUUCUUCCUGGAGACCCUGAAGAAAGCCGCCUACAACAUGACCUCCCACUGAGCCUGGAGCCGACCCGAGGCCGCAAGCCCUGGAACUCGCUCACCACCCACCGGCCGCAGCUCUGAGCAGCUCGGCCGUGCCCAGGCCCCGUUACAGCUCUUCCUAUGGACGGGGUGCCAGCACCUUCUUUCGCGGCUCGCUGGCCCGUGGCCUCUCCCCGUCCCCAGGACGCGGGUGCUGAUGACACCUUGGCCCCACGACGUUGUCGGCACCAGCUUCAGGUCUCCUGCCCGGCAAACUUGCAGCUCAGAGGCCAGGGCCUGACUACAUCUGUGGCCCUCGGGCCCUCAGCCCGUAUAGGUGGUUUGGGGAUCUUUUCCCUGGGUGUCUUCCUGGCCCCGCUGCCGCACAGACUCUCCCGCCCGCCUGGCUUGAGGGCCCAGCAGAGAGAGCACGGGGUGUCCCCCCUCACGGGGACAUAGAUCAGACCCCACCUUUCGAAGGGCCUCCUGGCUUCUGGCCGAGGGGGUGGGGGUGUUGUGGGGCCAGGGAGGGCGCCGAGCCCGGCCAGCUCCUACCUCAGACCAACAUGCUAUCGGGACUCGGCCAGCCCUUCCUGCUCCCAGGCUGGCUGCACAAGGCCCCCGCCUCGCUCCCAGCUGCCCAGACAGUGGACUAGCCACCCAGAUCCUGGCCCCGUCAGGUUCUUCUAGCACACCCCCCAGAGGCAGAGGGGGCUGGGGGUGACAGCAGGGUAGGGAAGGACAGAAGACUUCUCUCUGUGCUGGCCACCUGCUGCAGAGCCACAGCCCAGUGGGAAGGAAGAUGACCGAGCCAGAGUCCCUGCCUGGAAGGAUACAUGGCAGGGACCCUGAGGGGCACCCAGUCUGCCACCCCAUGUCGGGGCUUUGCCCUUCUCCGCAUGUGGGCAGUGGGCCACGGCCACCCAGACAGGUGCCAGGAGACAGGUGGGAGGAUUGGUGGUUGUCCCCUGAGGAAGCAAAUAAUAAAAUCACAACUACCAGCA